AUGGCUACACCUGAGCCUGUGCCCGCUGACCCGUGGUCGAGCUGGCAGCCUCAGACAGCAUCCGGCGACCAUCAGCCUGCUGAAGUAGAAGCCCCGGGUCAUGCUCCAUUACCCGAUCCGCCGCAAGGUGAAGAUCAGCAGACGAGUGGUCCGGCGCCAGACCAAGGAAGCGAUUCUCCGGAAUGGCAUGGGAGGGACUGGCGACAGCGAAGCUGGACUGAGCACGAUGAAAAUGCAGACUGGGGAGCUGCCCAUUGGGGUCGGCAGCAAUCCUGGUCACGCCGCGAGUGGAACCACAGGUACCCGGAGGACAGCCACACCUGGCAUAGACACUCCGGCGACUGGACCGGGACUACCGGAUCUACACGGGACUCCGACCAUGGCUCGGACACGCAGUGGCCAGGCCGCUGGUCGGGCACCGAGGCUCCGCGCACGACUUCUACCUGGACUCCAGACGGUGCACCUACGGGAACUUCGAAUGGCGAUGAGUGGGAGACCAGGAAGGCCCAUAUCUCAGAGCGUAUGGCAGUGCCUUCAUUCUCUGCCGAGGCCACCGGCGACGACCUCGGUGCCAGUGCACGGUCAUAUUUGAGACAAAUAGAUGCAUGGAUCAAAGUGACCAGGACCCCACAGCACCAACAAGCCCUUCUCCUCUACCAGCACCUGCAAGGACGCGCCUGGGUCGAGUCCGAAGAACUCUCGGUUGAGCGCCUCGCAUCGGACCAAGGGGUCACAGUGUUUAGGCAGUGGGUGCAAGAGCGCUACCAAGAAGUCGAGGUCUCAAAAGUUGCCGAGGCCCUGACCCACUUCUUCCGGAAACUACGAAGAGGGCCACAGCAGAGCAUCAGAGAGUUCAACUCCUCUUACGAUAGGGCCCACACCCGACUCCUUGAGAUAGAUUGCCGACUACCUGAAGUUGCUCGGGCAUGGGCGUACCUCAACGGCUUGGGCCUCUCGCAGAGCGAGGAGCUCGGCAUCCUGGCUUCUGUCGGCAACGAGUACAACACGACCAGGCUGCAACGGGCUGCGAUCCUACAUGAAAAGAGCCUCAAGGGUCACUGGCAGUAUCGCCGGGGACAAACUGGCGACGACACUCGCCGAGGCGGGGUCUACAAGAAUGCGAAGGGUGCCUACGUGACAGAGCACAACGAGGACUCGGAUGGCGAGGUGAACUCGACUGUGGGCGACGAGUUGCCCGAGGAGGAGGCAGCGGAGUUGCACGAGGCCUACAUGGCGCAGGAGAGCGCCAAGGCGAAAUACCGCGAGAUCGCAAAGGCCCGGGGAAUCAACCCCGAUCUUGUGAAGAACGACGGGAAGACCCCAGGCGAGAAGCUCCAGAUCGCAAAGUCCAGGAGCUUUUGCUCAGGGUGCAAACGCAGAGGACAUUGGCACAGAGAUCCAGAAUGUCCUCUGAAUCAAGGCCGAGGUGGAGUCGCAGACCGUUCUGAGAAUAAGGACGGCAGCGGUGCGACUAAGGAGGGCUACAUCGUUCAGAUUGCCUACGAGGUUGGCGACAAUGGAGACCGUGACGGCCUCUACGCGAUCACAGACUGUGCCUGCAGCAAGACCGUCGCCGGACAGCGAUGGAUCCAGGACUACAUCGGCAGUGCAAAGCGAUCCGGCUGGGAGCCGCAGCUGAUCCCAUGUGAUGACGAGUUCCGCUUCGGAGCAUCGAAGCUGUUCAAGGCCAACUACACCGCCACCAUUGUCAUCCACGUCGAAGACAAGAGCUUCAUGGUCCGAGCAGCCGUUGUCAGUGGAGACGUGCCUCUCCUUCUUUCGCGGGGAGUACUCGCCCGAUUGGGCAUGAUCUACGACAUCGAGAACCACCGAGCGGACUUCAAGAAGCUGAACAUCACGAACCACAAGCUGUGCUACACCGCCAGUGGCCACCCCGCAGUGCCGGUCUCACCUGUCCAGCGCCGCGGCCUCGAAUACCCUGAUCCACAAGCGUGGGGGUCUCGCGAGGUGAUCAUCAACAGUGUGCCUGCUCCGGUAUACACAGCUUUUAUGACAGGGAACAGGGAAGUGAGCCUAGAGGUACCAGCCCCCGAACCACAUCAAGUACUUCCAGCUACGUUGUUCUUCCCAAAGAAGGUUGAUUCCGCCGUCUACAACAUGUUAUCAGCUGAAGCCUUCGACCCUACCGCCUUCUCCUCAUGGUGGAGCACAACAAAGCACUGUAACGACUUCUGGAUUGAGGGCCCUGCCGAAUGGAUCCGUGUUCACAUCAUCCCACGAAAGAACAUGUUUAGCCCAGAGCAUUGGAGAACUACAAACCUCGAUCACAAAGUCAACCUCCAAUGCCUCUCGCCGCAUUGUGGGUCGGAAGAACAGUGUUUGCGAAAGCAGCCCAUCGCCUUUCCCGCGAACCCUCGACUCAUGUCCAAGGCAGCCGGCAGCAAGUCUCCAUGGCAGAUGACGAAGGCCGAAUUGAUCCAGUGCGCCACCGACAUGGGGGUGACCGUUCACUCGACCUGGACAGCGCCCGAAAUCAGAUCGAUCAUCCAGGAACGGCGCCAGAAGAACAACACUUCAACAAUCCCGAAAGGAUUGUCGAGUAUGACCUUGGCGGACUUACAGGCAAAGGCCACGGAGCUCAAUGUGACGAUCAACUCUCGCAUGGGAAAGGGCGAGAUCAUGAGGGCCAUCAGGGACUUCACGCGGGCCCCCGACGAGGAAGUUGUGACUUUCGGGAGGUUCCGCAACUACAUGUUCAAAGAAGUGCCGGAAAGCUACCUGCAAUGGUCCAUCCGCGAGACGACAGCGAACAAGGGGGCGAGCGACGACUUGAAGAGGCUCGCCGCAUGGGCUUCGACCAGGGAGACCCCGACCAUCGAGGACCCCGAGGACCACGCGAAGAUCCCCUACCACCCGGAUGCCGAGACGAGCUCAGUGGGAGGAUCGCUGUCGAGUUGGUCGGUGGCAGAUCAGCGUCCACUGCCUCCGAGUGGUUAUGCAAAGGCAAAGGCCAAGGCACCCGGGCAGGGAACCAAGAAGGCUCGGGAGGAGACGGGCACACCAGCACCCAUGCAGCAGGACCUGCCGCCGGAGAUCGCAGAGGAGCUCCGGGCGCUUGCUAUACUCGCUUGGCCACGCUGCGGGACCAGUACAACCUGGAUCCCGCGCCCACUCCGCCGUGAAGAUCGAGACCUGGACCCAAUCUCUGGUCGUCCGGAUGACGAGGAGAUUUUCUUUGAUUGCGAGCCCGAGACCCCAUGGGAAAGCACUGUGUUCGAGACCGGCGAGUUCUUGGAGUGUUACGAGGACUACAGCCCGGGAGUUUGUGAAUGGUUCAUCAAGAAGCUUUGUGAGUUAGCCGGGCAUGCCCCCCGCCGAUCGUGCCAGACAAGGGGAAAGCUCCUCGUCCUCGGUGGCUACGUCCAUGGAGGAAUCACUGGGGUGACCGCUAAGAGCCACGCCUUCAAGGAGGCUGCCCGCUACCUCAACAGCUACAUCAAGCACCAUCUACCUGGACGAGGCCGAUGGACCAGCCUCUGCAUCAACGUCGGCAACAUGGCCGGACCCCACCGGGACUCCAACAACUACCGCCGGAGCUACAACUACACCACCUCCUUUGGCCAAAAGUCGGGUGGACGAGUGUGGAUCGAACGCGGAGAACAAGAAGGUCUGGAAGGAGAACCGCACGCACUUCAGCUGGACCAACAAGAGGCGAUCCCGGGCAUCUUUGUUAACACCAACGAGAAGGUCAUCAAGUUCCACCCCCACCGGAAGCACUUCGUAGAGGCAUGGACCGGAGAACGGGCUUCUUUGACGGGGUACGCCAUCCGUAGCGUCGGGAGCUUGACCCGAGACGAGCGAGAUUUUCUGCGAAGUCUCGGUUUCCCAAUCACCGACAACCUUGACAACAACGACGGCAACACCGCCUACGUGAGCGACCUGGACCAGGGCAACUGCUCCGACGAGCACGUCAAGGAGGAAGUCACCAAGCGACCAAGGAAGAGCACAAGACGAAAGUUGUGGAAGAGUGCUGCGACUGCCGGUAGCCUCUUCGCGCUCACCCUGAACGCUGCCACCGCCUACGCGUGCGACUUCUACCCCAAACCUACUACAGGAGUGGCGCUACAGGAGACUGGUGGCGAAGAGGAAACCUACAAAGCCGCUGAGCUGGGGCACGAUGUCGCCGAACCCUUCGGCAACGACGUUUGGUACAGCGAGCGGACCUACAAAGAGUUCAGUGAGAACCUCCAAAGCCUUGCCCCACGUGUUCUGUGGAUUCAUGCAGAAGACCACCCAGUCCUGAAGGACCGGAUGAAAGACGCUGCCAACGCCCAGUUGGACCGAGGAGGAACCGUUGUGUACGAAGCCUCUGAGGGGUCCCCUUUGUGGCGGGACAGUGACUUGUUGGAGAUCCAAGCCGAGAACUACUACAAGUUUGACGUGAUUGGCGACGCCAGCUACUUAUGGGUGAAGCGAAGUCCAUUCCGUGACCUACCACCAGUUCGGGAGAUCUACGCGGCCGAGGCCAGGAGCUCCGAAGAACCAACCGCGGUCGGGGCAAGUGCCAUCUCCUUUGACAAGGUCGUUGCCCCUCACGUGCAAGCGGCUCUUACACGACUGCACCAAAACCUCGGACACCCGGCGGUCACGGACCUGACUAGGCACUUGCGCCUGGCCGGGGCCAGUGAGGACAUCAUAAAGAUCGCCAAGGGCAUGCGCUGCCAGGUCUGUGCCAGGAAUAAGAGAGCUUCCGCACCAAGGCCGGCAUCACUCCCCUCCUUCCUCGACUUUAACCAGUUGGUCAGCGUCGAUGUUUUCCACGUGUUUGACAUCAACCGAAAGCGCCAUGAGAUGCUUUCCGUUGUGGACCACGGCACCACCUUCCAUUUGGUGAAGCGACUAGAAGGGCAUUCCGCCAAGAGCUUCGAGCACGCCUUCGUCGACAUCUGGGCAAAUACUUUUGGAGCACCGGGGUGCAUAGCCGCAGACCUGGAAACCGGCUUACAAGCCGGAUUGGCAAAGUACUGUGAGUUUGCCGGUGUGAAGCUACGUGCUGCCGCAGGUCAAGCACACUGGCAGCAGGGAACUGUUGAACGGCAUGGUCAAUGGCACCAGGACAUUCUCCAGAAGAUCAUCGACGAGCAGUCCGUCGGGGAGAACGACAUUGAUCUGGCCGUGACCGCGGCCAACCAGGCGAAGAACGAAUUGCGUCGGAGACACGGAUAUUCACCAUGCCAGGCCGUGUUCGGAAAAGAUCCCCGGCACCCCGAGGAUCUCAUGGAUGGCAACGACGAAGAGCGGGCUAUGGAGAUGAUGACUGCCGAUCGAAGAAGACAGAGGGAGGUGGCACUCAGGACGGCAGCUCGCACUGCCUUCUACCGUUCACAAGUUGAUGUGAAGUUGAGAAAGGGACUCAUCCAGAGAGCCCGUGUCAAGAAAGGGUCCUACGCCGUCGGGGAAAUGGUCUGCUUCUACCGCCUCGGCAAGUCCGGGACAACCAACAAAAGGGGCCAGUGGAGGGGUCCAGGUCUCAUCUUGGGCAACGAUGGCGGCAACUGGUGGAUAAGCUAUGCCGGACGGUGCCAUUUGGUGGCUGAAGAACACAUGCGGCCGAGCACAGCCGAAGAGCUUGGCAGCUUGUUCUCUUCCCAGAUCGCCCGUAAGGACCUCGAAACGUUGUUGUUUGCGGACCCCGACGAUCCGACCAACUAUGCUACUGAAGAGGAGGAAGGGGACUGCGAAAUGGAAGCCGGCAACCCCGAUGAACAGAACGAACCGCCGUUCGAGCACGACCUUGCGAACGAUGAUGCCAUGGCGGAGCCAGAGGUCGCCCCACCAAGAAGCAACUACGGACCUGAAGGACGACGCCGAAGACAAAAGAGCCGGCCGCCGGGAAGCGAACCCUAUGAAGCACUCAUGAUGAAGACUGCCACCACCGAAAGGUCCCGCGAGAAACAGCGCGAGAAAGAACUUCCGUGGCGACUCAUACCCCCCGAGCAGCACCAGGCCUUCAAGGAAGCGGAGGCCAAACAGAUCAAAGAACACCUAGACCACGCGGCCCUGAGUAUCCUGACCUACGAGGAGACAGUCGCCGUCCUCAAGGUCACGCCCCCGGAGCGCAUCUUGAAUUCCAGAUGGGCAUACAAGGAUAAGAACUACGCCAAGCGCAGAGAGAACAACACCCUGCCCUGGAAAGCCAAAGCACGACUCAUUAUUGGAGGACACAAGGACCCCGAUGUCGCUUCCCUUGUGACGGACGCUCCGACUGUCAACCGCCUCUCCGUCCUGAUCUUGAUGCAGAUCCUCUCCUCACACCUUGACGACCCAGAGCCGUGGUGUGCAAGUGCAGGCGACGUCAACGCCGCAUUCUUGAAUGGACCACCGCUUCAGCGAACGCUGUUCAUGCGACAGCCAAGGACCGGGAUACCGGGAAUGGAGAGAGACGCCCUCUUCAAGGUUGAGAAGGGGAUAUUCGGACUACCUGACUCCCCGCGAGGCUGGUGGGACGAAGUACAGAGGAUCAUUGACGACAUCGAGAUGAACCACGACAAGGAGACCUACCACCUCGUGCCGUGCGCCCUGGACCCGUGCGUCUACUACCUCGUCCCAGGACAAGAUCGACGCGGCACCCCGCGAGCGUACCUGUGCAUCCAUGUCGACGACUUGCUAGUCGUCGGGCCAAGAAAGCUGGCCGUGAAGCUGCGGGAGACCCUCAGCCAGCACCUCCCCAUCGAGGAAUGGGAAGAGAACAGCUUCGACUACAUCGGGUCACAUUUCGAGGUGAAAGAGGACUGCGUCGAGGUGACCCAGACAGCCUACGCUGCCACCCGACUUUUUACGGUCGAUGUGGACAAAGCACACCGCGAUCAAGAAGGAGCCACUACCGAACAGAAGACGGACAACCAAAGUCUGAUUGGUGGACUUUCAUGGCUGGCCGUGCAGUCCCGACCAGAUCUCCAAGUGUCCGUCUCUAUCGCUCAACAGAUGCAGAAAGAUCCUUCUAUCGAGGAUGUGAGAUUCACAAACUCGACGUCACGGAAAGCUGUCAGUUUCAAAGACAAUGGGCUGAAGUUCACCAAGAUCGACCUCAGCGACCCCGUGCUCAUGGUGUUCCACGAUUCUUCGUGGGCUAAUGUUGUCCCCUUAGAAGGUGAAGAUGGAUUCCGCCUAAGCCGCGAAGAUCACGAGAAAGGAUUCAUGACAGAGGUGCCCAGCGACUUCCAGGUCCGCAAAGCAAAGAGGGCUAGCACGAAGGUUGCCAGCCAGUAUGGGAUCCUCAUCCUGGCCACCGACCAGGAGAAGCUACGAGAAGGAGGACUGUGCAACAUCCUCGACUGGAAGUCUUCAACGGCAAAGCGCGUUUGCCGGUCCACCUUCGCCGCCGAGUCCAUUGCGUGUUCUGAAGGGCUAGAGCAAGGGCAGUAUGUGAGAUCGGUCUUUAUGACAAUCCUCAAAGGGGAGCUGCAAAAGGUCGAAGAUCUUGAAGGAAAGCACUUGAGGUGCUUCACAGACUGCCGGUCACUGUACGACCACCUUCAUCGGGUUGGCGUCCCUAGGACUCCAACCGAUAAACGGCUCGCAAUAGACUUAGCCGCAAUUCGACAAAUCCUUCACCGGGAGAGGUACGCCGGUAAGCUUCCUCUUGACUGGAUCCCCACGUCUUACCAAUUAGCCGAUGUAUUGACUAAGCCGAUGUGCCCUAAGAAGUGGUGGAACCAGGUCAAGGGAAUCUAUCGGAUCCCAUUCCGAAGCACCUGA